AUGCCAAAACGAUUCCUUAAUGUUGAAUAUGGCACUAUUUCUACUGAAAUCGAUGUGACUGACUUUGAAGACCUGAGUGACGUUCAGGAUGCUAUCAAGUCUGAGUAUGAUCCUGCUAUGGCUGACAUUGAUGCUCCUCAACUCCAACUCUACACCAACAGUGUUUCCCCUCCACCUUCAAGACAGCCUACUCAAACUGACCUAGGUCCAACAUCUGCAGCAGCCUCACCCGCACUACUGGAUUUUUGGACUGCUUUCACAAACUACCCUAACCCUCUUGAAGGAAACACUGUUGUCCAACUUCCAGCAGACCCAAAUCUACUUUUCCAAAUGACCGGUGCCAAAGAUCAUCCUUGCAAACAAACUGAACUUUGUGAUGUUUUGGAAAUACUUGGUAAUCCGUCAAAACCAGAACUGUAUUUUGUUGUACCUCCUGAUCGUUUUGCCUGUUUUACACGCCAAAGCUACCACGGAACAGAUGGUCGAGUGUUGUCGCAAAACGAUACUAUUGCGAGUGUUGAGAAGUUGAAUCGAUUUGUUUUGACGUUUGAAACAUCUCAUCAAUAA